CAGCGUUCCCGCCGCCUUCGGUCUCCCGGGACAGCAUGAAGAACGGAGCGGACGCCGGAGAGGCGCGCGGCGAGGGGCCGCGGAAGCUAGGGCUCUGCGUCCUCUGCGGUCUGCCCGCGGCAGGAAAAUCGACCUUCGCGCGGGCCCUCAGUCACCAACUACGGCAGGAGCGGGGCUGGGCCGUCGGCGUCGUCGCCUAUGAUGACGUCAUGCCGGACGCGUUCCUCGAGGAGGCGAGCGCACGGCCAUUGCCAUCGCAAUGGAAAUUGCUUCGACAGGAACUGCUGAAGUACAUAGAAUACUUCUUGCUGGCUGUCAUUAACGGGUGUCCGAUGGCUGCCCCACCCAACAGGACUGAAGGCAUGUGGGAAGAUUUUAUAACCUGCUUAAAGGAUCAAGAUCUCCUAUGUUCUGCAGCGCUUGAGGCCCAGUCUUGCUACCUCUUAACGAAGACUGCAGUUUGUAGACCUUUGUUUUUGAUUUUAGAUGACAACUUCUAUUAUCAAAGUAUGAGAUAUGAAGUCUACCAACUGGCUCGGAAAUAUUCAUUAGGCUUUUGCCAGAUCUUUUUAGAUUGUUCUCUCGAGACCUGUGUACGGAGGAAUGACCAGAGACCUCGGGCACUGCCAGCCGAGACCAUCCACCUGAUGGGAAGAAAGAUAGAAGAGCCCAACCCUGAGAAAAAUGCUUGGGAACACCGAAGUCUCACAAUUCAGAGUCCAGCAUUUUCUUCUGAGGCCAGCCCGGAGUUGAUUGAUUUAUUGCUUACUGCUCUGGAAAAUCCAGUAAAGUAUGUUGAGGAUAACAUGGAACAAAAGGAAACAGACAGAAUUAUUUGUUCAACGAACAUUCUUCAUCAAGCUGAUCAGACCCUCCGAAGAAUUGUCUCUCAGACAAUGAAGGAAGCGAAAGAUGAACAAGUGCUUCCUUACAACUUGAAGCUUCUAGCAGAAGAACUUAACAAGCUCAAAACAGAGUUUUUGGAAGACCUAAGACAAGGAAACAAAAAGUACCUGUGCUUUCAACAAACCAUUGACAUAUCAGAUGUUAUUUCUUCUUUUCAUUAUGAGAAAGGUAAUAUUGUGCAGAAGUAUUUUUCAAAGUAGUGUUAAAACUUAUGACUUUCCAAUCAAAUGUCUGAUGUUGGUUAAGAUUUUGUAGCAACGGUUUUGUAUUACUGGAUGUUUUCUAGGACAAUGAUGUAAAUUGCCAAAGACUUGUUAUUUUAUAAAAAUCAGUCAUUCUAAAAGAUCCAUUUAUCAUAAUUACAGAAAUUACUUCAGUCAGUCACUUGUCAGAUGUGACGGAUAAUUAAGCAUCAGAGGCAGCCUUCAUUAUUUCUGCGCCUGAACUCUUAGGGUAGGGCUGGGGAGGAGCAGGAGUCACACACAUGGUUCUUAAAGCAAAGAAACUAGAAAAGAGACAAAACGCGGAUGUCUGGAGCUAUUAACUCAUGACAGAUCUUCUCC